AUGAAAUCUUUCGCGAUUGUGGCCACUCUGCUUGGUCUAGCUUUUGCAAGCUCUGAUGAUUACUGCCAGCAGUUGUGUGAUGAGACUCCCGCUUGUGCAAGCUACGGUUGGGGCUCUUACUGUAAGGGCAAUGGUGUGUGCUUUGGUCUUCUGCAAAAGGGUGAUGGCUAUUGCUUCCAACCAACCGAUUCUUCCUGUGAUGAUUCUGCCUACACGCCCGUCUCCUGCCCAGUGGUUCCUCCCAGUUGCGAGGAUGUCUGCAACGGUCUGAGUAGUUGCAAGAAUUCGAAGUGGGGCUCGUACUGCAAGUCUUGGCAGAGUCCUCCUGUGUGCUUUGGCAUCCUAGAGAAGGACGAUGGAAGUCUUUGCUUCCAGAGUACCGACUCUGACUGUGUUGGUAAGCCUUAUCCUUGCCCAAGCCUUUAA